AUGGACCUGGCGGCAUCAGAAGAUGCUGCCAAGGGUGGGGUCAUUAUGAGUCAUCUAGGAAAUGCAACUAUAAAAGCUGAAUUGGGUCGGUCAACUUGGAAGUUGCUUCACACUAUGGUCGCUCGCUUUCCAGAAUCUCCAACGUCUGAUGAAAGGGCUGCCUUAAAGCAAUUUAUUUUACUCCUUUCUAGGUUGUACCCCUGUGGGGAAUGUGCGGAACAUUUUCAAAAAUUGCUUGCCAAAUAUCCUCCUCAGACUUCUUCUCGCGUAGCAGCAUCUCAGUGGGCAUGUGCAAUUCACAACCAUGUGAACCAACGUUUGGGAAAAGAAAUAUUUAACUGUGCUGAUAUCGAGGCAAAGUACCAGUGCGGAUGUGAUGCUGAGAAUACAGAAACCACUUUAUAA